CCCAAAAUCAAGUAACCCUAGACCUCUUCGGCACCUCCUGUGCCUUCCGCCUCGCUCGAACGCGCGGCGCCGCCAUCGCACAGAAGCAGAAGCGCGUCACACGCGAGCGCGGCGGCGCACAGACGCCGUCGAGGCAUCGCCCUCGGCCGGUUGCAGACGACGUUCUCUCGCUCGGUCGGCCAUCUCCCCUUGCUCACCGCGCGCGGCGCGCCCCCACCGCCCUUGGCAAGCUGCCUCGCCGAGUAGUUCUGAUUCGAUUCAAUCGAUUGCCAGAGGAGCCAGGAGGUGUUGAAAUUGGAAACCCCUGAAGUUUGAUCAGCUGAACCAGUUAUCAACUCCAGCAGAACAGUAGAAUCUCUAGCUAGCCAAAGAAGCCAAGGAUAGCAAUGGCACUCCGGCGAGCACUGGGAUGGUCAGAGGGGGAGGUAAUGCGUCCAGAGUCUAAGCCUUGCUCCCGGUUGAUGCGACAGACUGCUGGCGUCUUCUCUGUUGGCGGUGCCCUUUCUUUCUGGGUGCUCUGCCGCCUUCACUACGGUCCAAGAAUAACAGUUCCAAGGAGUCUCAGGUGGGCAUCAUGCGGAGCAAUCUCUGUGAGCUCAGCAUCGGCAUUGCUCGUGCGACUCUUCAGCCCAGAGUGUGAACCACAGAAUAUAGCAGCUUAUGACAAACUUGGACACAAGACUGGAUAGUAUUAUAGAAAUAUUAGGUCUUGAUCAUCAUCUAAAGAAUUAGAGCUAGGUAGCAAACCUCUGUAUCGUUUGCUGAUUCAGUCUAGGAGAUAUAUUGUAUGUCUUUUUCUGGAAGAUGUUUAUGCAUGAUGUAACUUGGCCUGAAGACCUUCCCUCCAUAGGAGUAUCCACUUCACUGGCUGCCGUGGACAAUGAUUGUUAUUAUUUUACCUGAAACCUGAUGGGUUUAAUAAGUUUAAGGAAACACGCUAGGUUUGUUGUUCUGUGGGUUUUAUUUACUUGAUAAGAUUCUUCUUUGAAGAGAAAAGGACUGUCAAUGAGGAUGUAUUUUUGUGUGCUCUCUGCAAGAUGUUUACGCUCAAUAUGGCCUGCCCAAAGAACUGCACUUCUGUUCAUAGUUCGCAUUUGCUCUAGCAUUCACCUCAAGUUGUCUCUGAAAAUAUGAAUCACCUGUUUUAAACAUCAUAAAUUAGGGGUUUUUUACUCAUUCAAAUAGAAUCGUCCUUCAUGUGAUCAUGUCUGACAACGCGAAUUUAUUGGAUUUGUUGUUUUGAAGAGAAAGACAAAAUAAUCUUUGAUCCGCCAUUAAUAAAAUGGUCAUAAGGUCUUGCCUCUCUACCUUUUUCGAGUCAAAAUAAAAAGAGAAAGACAAAUGUAUUGAAUUUGUUGUUUUGAAUUUGUUUUGAAAAUUUGAAGGGAAAGAAACGUAUUGGAUUUGUUUGUUUUGAAGAGAGAGAGAAGGGGACUGACAACAUUUAUUUUGUGAAUUUGUAUUUUUGAAGAGCAAGAGAAGAGAGAUCACUGGUGUCCUCCAUAACCCGUGUAAAGACUAGAGUACUGAAACGUGCUUUUCAGUGUACGUUUCGGGUUGUUUCAUUAGAAUCCGAGUUGGAGUUGCAACCCUACCAGCGAUCCUUCGCCGCCCCGGUGCACCUCAAAUCAAAUCAAAAUCAAACUGCAUCCAUAUCCUGACUUCGAAAUUCGAAUCGCGCGCAUUACAAAAACUUGCAUCGCUUCUUUCUCCCAAAUCCAAUCAAACUUAGUCCGAAACUGUGCUCACCAACGAAACGCGCGAUCGAUCUCCUGGUGACCUCUCUCUGCUGAUUCCUCCUUCCCGACGAGAUUGCCAUUGCCUGCCUCUCGCGCGUUCGAUUCGAUGCCGCUAAAUCUCGCGCUGUGCUGCGCGCGCGGGCGCGGCGCCGCCGCCGGCGCGUACUGCUGCCGGCCGCCCGGCGACCAGGCGGUGCCGCCGUUACGCGUGGACGCCGCCGCCGCCGACGACGGCGGCGACUGGUGCUGCUACGAGGAGCUGCCGGUCUCGACGCCGCCGCAUGUGCCGCGGGGGCUGGCCAGAGGGGACGAGGACGACGACCACGACCACGACGACGACGAUGGGCUGGAGCUGACGACGAGGGGGGCGCCGGGGGUUAGGGACGACGCCGACGAUCAGCAGCUGGUCUCGCCGGCGGCGGCGGCGGGUGGCGUCGGGUUCGUCGCCAAGCCGUGGAUCGCGUCGGUCUACGAGAGGCUGUCACGAACGUUUUCCGUGCUCCCCGUGACGAGCUCACCACCGUGUAGGGGUGCAAGCGGGCCGACCCACGAGUUUAUAUAAAUAAUAGUUUAUAUGGGUUUUUUUUGUCA